AUGUUGAGAAACGGAUUCUUAGUCUUGAUCCUAGCCAAUUUAAUUCUGGGUUUACGCACACAUAUAAGUCAAGAAGGCGCUGAACUUGAAGUGACAUCAGAAUCUGCAGAAAUUGAAGUAACCAGUGAGCCUGUUUCUACUGAAGAAGUAGAAAUUGGAAUAAUAAUUGAUGAGGAAGCUGGAACUGUUUGUUCUACCUGCAUAACAAUAGAUGAAUUUGGAGCAUUAAUCAGUGGGGAAGCUACUCCUGUAAUAUCAGAAAUUUAUGAUAUUGAAGAUACAGAGCAGCCAUCAGAAGAGGAGCCAAGCACUUCAGAACCUGAAGAAGCAAUUCCAGAAGAACAAGAAGCUGAGGAAGAAGCGACUGAAGAGGAACCAAGCAUGUCAGAACCAGAAGAACAAGGAGCUGAAGAAGAGCAGCCAAGUGAAGAAGAGCAGUCAAGUACUUCUGAAUCAGAAGAAGUAGAGCCUGGUGAAGGAGAAACUAUAAGUGGCGAAACCUCAGUCGCUGAUAAUGUGUAUGAGACCUCAGACAUACCAACUGGAAUCCCAGUCGAAAACUGUGUACGAGAAAAUCUGGCAGCUAUUUCUUGGGAUGAAGGUGCCCACAUAAGAGUUUAUCAAGCUCAUGAUGGGAUUGUUCAAGAAUGGUGUCAAGAUGGAUAUGGAUGGUAUACUACUGAUUUUUUUGCAUAUGGUAAAGCAGUAUCAGCCAUUGCAUGGGGAGAUGGAAAUAUCAGAGUUUAUGUAGGUGAUGGUAAAAAUAUUGUGGAGUAUUGCUAUGGAAGUGGAAAUGGCUGGUAUAUGGGUGAAUUUGAAGUUGAAGGAGUUACUUCAUCUGUAACUGGCUGGGAAGAUGGAGGGAAUGUGAUAUUCAAGCUUUAUGUUAUAAACGCUGAUGGAGGAAUAGAUGAAUAUUCUUAUGAAAAUGGCUGGGGAAUACUUUCCGGUAUGAGUUCAGAAUAA